UCAAAAGAGCCUUAUCUGAAUAUUCCAAUUGAGGGACCAAAAGUAUCUGCUGCUCUCUGGGGACCACUAGACCAGUAUAUAAUCACAGGACAUGAAAAUGGAGAUCUUUGUCAGUGGGAUACGAAGGUAACAAUGCUACAAAAACUAUGACUAAAAUGGAGUGCUAUCUCUACACUCUAUCACUGAUUACAGUGUAUUAGUUAGAGACUCACUGUACUCAUUGUAAAAUACCAAAAAGUUGCACAAAUAGCAAUAACUGAUGGUUACUGAUGUGAUUUAUGAGAACCACUUUCAUGAUAGCGCACAUGAAUCUGAGAAAUCCCUUUUAGUUCCAGUGUGAAAAAAAAGGAAUCACGUCAGAUCAUGAAUGUGGAAACUGAAUUGAACAACACAGUAAAUAAGACUCAUAUUAAUAAUUCGAUGAUUUUAUUCACAAUUGCUUGGAUAUAAUAAGCUUGCGAAUUGUGAGGAGCAAGGAGAGGGCCAUAUUCUCAGGAAAAUAAACAAUAAAAACAGUAAUGCAUGACAUAUUGUUGUUAAACAACAUUCAACCUCAAAUGUAUAGAGUCAUGACUGCAUCAAUCCGAGUUGAUUGACCAAAGGCCAUUGGGAUGCAAUAGAAAACAUUUUGUAACAAAAGCUUAGUUUGCUACUGGAGUUUAACGCUUAUUGAAGGUUUCAGAUGACAAGUGAAUUAACAAGCUUGGAAAUGUACUGUAUAAAAAUAUAAAAACCAAGGCACACUGUAUACGUGGUGUAACUUGAGUAAAUUUAGUUUACAUGGAUUUCUAGACUUUGGCAGCUACAUGUACAAUGUUACACGGUGUCCAGUUCCUAUUUUUUCCUAUUUUUUGAGCCUAUUCCUAUUUUCUCCUAUUUUAAACUAAAACCUCCUAUUUUUCCUAUUUUUUAGCUGGUAAAGCCAAAAUUUGUAACAAAAUUUAAAAUGGAAUAUGAAUUAUUAUAGUUUUAUGUGUUUUAGAGUGAGAUUUAUCAUAGAGCAAGUAGUGUGUUCACUUUGAUGUUCUAAUAUUAGCAAAAAUAAUAGUUACGUUAUUAUUUUACUUUUUGUAUACUUUUCUAGUGCACCUACAUGUGUUGUAUGUAGCUUAAGUUGUUUUAUAGUUCUCAUGACUAUUGAAUAAUAUUGUGCAUAGCCCUUUGAAACUGCAUUCCACUAUCUGACAUGUUAUAAUUUAUUUUUAAGUCUUGCUCGCUUUUAUGUUCAUCUUUUAAACUGAAAACAGGAUCAAGUUGUCCUCUUAUACACGGUAAUUUUUAGGGAGUUAUUAUAACUCCAAAAGAGGAGUAAAAAUUUUAUGUACAGGAUAACCCCUUUUUUGGGGUUACUUUAACUCCUCAAUAUUAAGUCCAAAUCUGGGGUUGUUCUUACUCCUGAAAAAGAGUUCUUUAAACUCCCUUUUGGAGUUAAAAUAACUCUGAAAAAAAAUAUCUCCACCAUAAGAAGUUAAAUUAACCCCACUGGAGGAGUUAUUAUAAGUCCUUGAAAAUUACUUUGUAACACAGGCCAGAUAAAUCAUCAGUCAGCUUCUUGUUUUUAAAAACCAAUCACUAGCUGUAUUCUGGAUGCUAUAUGAAAAGAACAGACUCAAGUUUAGAUUACGGCUCUACCUCUCUUGGUGACCGUUAACAGCUGUACCUAAGCAACUGACGAAGGAUCCAAUAUUUUGGAUGCAAAACCGGUCUUGUAGUCAUAGCUAAGCAGGGAGUUACGUUCAUCUUAGAAUGUAUAUAACCAUGACACACUUACAAUCUGGUACCAAAUAGAUCAGAGUCAUUUUGCGUACACCGUGGAAAGCCUGGUCGUGUCACUUAAAACUAUGCGGUCUUUGACUCAAACAAGCAUAUCCUCAACCAGCUAUCGAUUGCAGAUUAAUGGAAGGAAAGCUUUCCAUGGGACUUUUUAGUCCUAGUUCAAUAUCCUUCAAUUACAACUCAAUCGUGAGAAAUUUCUAUCCUAAGAAAAUUUCACUCUUCAAAGCUUUUCAAAGAUUGGCCGCCAACUUAGAGGAAAUUUACAUAUGAUCAGCUUUGAUUAUAGAACCACGCUCGACCUGUAGUCAAGCAUAUCAUUUUACAGCAUAACUGAGCCAAUAAACUAAAAGUUACUGGUCAUUUUCACUCUUCUAAAUGUACCUGUAACACUAACACAGUCUUUAUCUUACCAAAGACUCAUGUGGCACUAAUGUAAGCUGAGAUCAGGCUCUAGUUUCAUUUUCCUGGGUAAAUAGAUUUCUGGUGGGCAAGGCGAAUCCAAAAGACUUACCUGUCUGUACUUGGAUAUUUAUGUGUGCUUGCAAAUCGAACAAUGAUUGCAUCACUUGCAUGUGCAUUCACGUGAUUACCGUGACAUCAGACAGACCUUAAACUGAAUACCAGGGCCUUCUCGGCCACAUGCCUUGUAUAUUAGUUGGUACAACAUGGGCAUCCCAAGAAUGUGGACAGAUUUUGGAAACCUCACUUUUCAGUUUAUAAAGUACUGCUGACCGAGAAUAGUCUGUGGGCUCACUUUUGUUUGCUUGCAAUAAAUAUUUUUUUAUGAACAGUUAUUUACUAUGAUUGAUGUAGAGGUUGAAUGUUGGCAUAAACUUGCUUGAGCAAUACUGUUAACUGCCUCUUACAUGAGUAUAAGCUCCCUUACUUGUGUAUUUUUUCAUUCCCCAGACAGGAAAUAAGCUGUUGACUGUGCAUGAGCACUCUAAACAGAUUAAUGAUAUUCAGAUGUACAAAGAUCAAACAAUGUUUGUAACUGCUUCAAAAGAUCAUACAGCUAAGGUCAGUACAGUAGCAGCCACAGAGGUUCACUUUGUUCUGAUAUUUUGUAGCGGUGAAAGUUCCUCGUGAAAGGGAGCUACACUCUGGCCAAAAUGAAGCACCUUCAGCUCUUGAUUUUGGCUAACCAUCAGGAGAUGAGCCCCCUAGCCUCUCCCUUUGAUUUGCUCAUUUGUUUUACAGGGUUCGUACGUAGUCUUGAAUUCUUGAAAAAGUCUAGAGUUUGCCCAGCAAUUUUCCAGACCUGGAAAAAGUCUGGAAGAAUAGUAAAGGUCUGGAUUUUUUUUUUUUCAAACCUACAAUAAGUUACAUGUACCUAUAUUUGUCAACCUUGAGUCUUGAAAAAAUUAAUAAUAGUAUUGUUUUGGAAAAAGUCUGGAAAAAGUCUUGAAUUUUGGAUGCAAAAAUCUGUACGAACCCUUUCAUUAGGUUUUGGGUAGGGCAUUUAGUAAUUCUAAAGCUGUACACUGUAGGUCUUAUGCCAAAUUCCCCAAUGAUUUACUUAAGCAAUAGACCACACUUUCUAUGAGUUUACUGGCAUGAUAACCCAUGCGGGAUGUUGGGAGAACACAAGAAAAGCUUGUUCCUUGCAUAAAGUCGUCUGAUCAAUGACUGUAAAAAUUCCAUACUGAUGACUUGCCACUACCCAGCUCUGGGUAGUGCUGGAUAGAAAUGUCUUUUUCAUUGCAUGAAAGGGAGUCCUUUUAUAAUAGUGUGUCAUAAAAUUAUUAAUUUUUGGCAUGUUUUUGCCUGGGUGUUUCAUGACUUGAUGACGGGAAAGUGCAACACAGUCCCUGUGAAAUCAUCUGGUUGUACCAAAUUGCUUGGCCGACUUAUUGUUCUGUCAUUAUUCUUGCCAACAGUAACAACGCUACAAGUAGACCUGGCACUCCCCACCAGUAUUAGUUCCCUUUGUUUCUCAACCUUGCAAGGAGCAGAUUCGUGAAAAUAGCAGUGCUGACACUUGUACUCUUUCUCUACUUUUUAAGCUUUUUGACACAGAUUCCCUGCGACUUAUGAAUACUUACAAAACAGAAAGACCUGUUAAUUCAGCCUCGCUCUCUCCCAUCAGAGAACAUGUAAGUAUAAUAAUUAUUAAUUGUUAAACUGUGCACUGUAAUUUCCAAUUCAAAACCAAUGUGCCAUUAGAAUUAUAUUAACUCGAUGUUUGCAAUGUGUGCUGUACAGUGUACUGUCAACUGUCUCGUAAGUGACCACCCUUGGUGCACAACAAAGUAGUUAGGAAAUGGUUGCUUAUGAGAAGUGGUCGCUAUGAGAGAGUUGACUGUAGCUGGUUUGCCUCUGAACAUCCUGGCAGUGCUUGCAGAGUUUUUGCUCCCUUAGGGUGUUCUGGAUGGCAAGCCAACAUUUUUAACCCAUCUACAGUCUCAGUCAAAAUUGUUGGCACACUUUGCUGUCUUCUCACCCUCCCAAUGUUGGUGUGCAAGAUUUGGUCACUUGACUGCGAUAAACAACAUUGGGAGGACGAGGAGACGGGCCCGAAGUAAAAAACAGCAUCGAUUGGAAGUGUCCCCGCUAUUUUUGUCUGAGACUGUAGUUAUCAUUGAGGGUUGUUUGUGAUGAGUUAUCUAAUGAAACAACCACCACACAGCCACACUGUGUUGAAUGCAGCAUUCAGUGUCAAUAUCUUUAGCUCAUUAAAUGUCGCUAUAGCUUUGAUUUGGUUGUCUGUUUUAGUGCAGUGUCCAUUAGGGGUCAAAUAAGGCCCGAGCCACACCCAUGGUCUCCUUCAGGGGUUUAAUUCUAAUUUUCCAAUGAAGAGCAAGAUCACAUUCAAAUGGAAGUCCACUUUGCCCCUCUCCUCCCUCCCUCCCUCCCUCCCUCCCUCCCUUUCCCUGCCAACCAUGUUCAGGGUUUGAAAAAGUCUUUAAAUCUGCCCAGUAAUAUUAUUUUCCAGACCUGGAAUAAGUCUGGAAAAUAGUGAUAAACUCUGGAAAAAAUGGUAAUUAGAGGCAAAAAAGAGCUAUAAACUUUUUAUUACAACUGUGUAUUCUAUCCCGAUGUACAAAAUUGAUCAGACAGUAAUAAUCAGAUGCAUGUACAUUGUACACGCAACCCUAUUCUGCAUGCUGUAUGGCUGUUCCUAUCAUUGUUGGAGCAUUGUACGCUAACCCCUCUCUCCUUCCCUUUCCAAAUUGACUCUUAAAACCUGACAUGUUAGCUCCCAUGUUACCUAGGUGGGUAUUAAACAAAGUUGCCUUGUCGAUUCUGUGCUAAAUUAUUAUUACGCUUUAUAGAGAAAUGAGGGUUCUUCAGUUUUCAAGACAAAAUGGGUUUUGAAAUAAAUCUUGCUUGUUCUGAUAGGUUGUGUUAGGAGGUGGCCAAGAGGCCAUGGAUGUGACAACUACGUCAGCAAGAAUUGGGAAAUUUGAUGCUCGAUUCUUCCACACGGUGUUUGAAGAGGAAAUUGGGCGAGUGAAGGGGCAUUUUGGUCCAAUUAAUAGCACUGCUUUUCAUCCCGAUGGGAAAAGGUAACCCUGAAAUAGCUUUAUAUAAUAGGACUUAGCCUGUAGCCUAUAGCCUGUAGUUCGUAUUGGUGAUUUCAAAGUAACAUUAAAGUUUUCGUUUAGAGACAAAAACAAUGAAAAGCCUUGAUGCUCUAUCUAGGGAAGUAAAGGUAUCAUUAUUUGAAACUGUAGAGAGACGUUAAAAGGGGACAGUGCCACAAAGCUCUAGUAGUAGUUGAAUAUCCCGUCAAAGCAAAAUUAGUAAAGGAGACUGUUGGCCAGAACCUCUUUAGAACCUCUAAUUUGAAAGGUUCUUGUUGGCCCAAAGCUCUAUUGUUUCAGGGUUAGGGUUCAUUGUUACUGUUGUUUGGGGUAGGGCUAUCUAUUGUUUUCUAAACCAGUUCUAUGAGCCGUUCUUAGAGCUUCCAGCCCACCCAAAGGAGACGGGUUAUGAAAGGCGGCAAACAUCAAAGACAAAAAACAACAGUGCUGCAGUUUAUGUUGGAAGCUCCCUAACGGCGUGUACAAUCCUUAGUUUUUUGCUCACAAAUUGUGACGGCAUAAGUUAAUGUGACGUUGUCAUCGGUAACUAAAAUGAAUCAAAAGAAUGCUAUUGAACCUUCAAGACUUCAAGUCCUCAAAAACAUUUAACAAUGGAGUCAGAUGGGCGGGCGUCAUGACCAUAGCACUUUUUUUUACUAUGGUCAAGGUUAGUGUCAGUGAAUUCCAGACUUGUGCUAUAAACUAGCCUGCGUAGCUGGCGGGAGUAACAUGGGAGUGCUGUAUUGUUUUGGUGGCUCUGCCGCCAAAAAAGUUCCCCGGGCACAAGAAUCCCCUCAGCUAUGCAGGCUAGCUCUAAACUCUUUAAGAUGGGUAGAAACGAAGCCAUCUCGUAUUUGAGAAAAAACUAUGUAAUGUGUCAAAAAGUCUUAGAGCUGAUAUUAUUUGCUGAUGACACUAAUAUAUAUCUUCUAUUCGCAUAUUGAUGCUUCCUGUCUCGUGGAAGUUGUAAAUUUAGAAUUGAUUUAGAAGUUAUCAUAUUCAGACCAAGACAAAACAGGCAAACACUUGAUGUAGCUUUUUAUUUAAUAUUAGUAAUUAUUCGAUUGAUCGUGUUAAGGAAGCUACUUUUCUUGGUGUAAUUUUGGAUGAAUAUUUAAUAUGGAAAUCGCAUACAAAUAAUGUUGCAAGGAAAGUGUCUAAAGCAUAGGUAUAAUUUAUAAAUCAAGUUUUAAUAAUUCCUCCUUACGGACACUUUAUUAUAGCCUUAUCUAGCAAGUUUCCUUGAUCAUGAAUCAAGCGCAGUUAACUGAAUAAUUCGGGAGACGUAUUGUUGGAUUGAAGUAAUGACUCAGAACCUAUUCAAAAAAUACUUUUCCCGUGGGAAGAAUUAACAGACAUGGGUUGACAGUAGUGAGAACCCAGUGUCAGUUUGGUGGCCUUAGUAGAUACAAUUGUAGAUAAAUAAAUGGGAACGGCAAAAUUCUCAUCUUUGAUUUCUCCUAACCACGCCCAAUCGUGUUUAGACAUGAUCCUGGAGAUUUAUUGUGAACGAAAACUGGAAGGGUGCAAAUGAAUUAAUCACCCGUGUGUACCGGGUUCGCUUUCAUCCUACCGUCAGUUUGUUUCAUGAAUGUCCGGCCAUUGAAUUGAGCGCUCAUAUUUUUGUAAUUUACUGACUGCGCAUAUCGACAGUAAGGGUACCAGCGAUUGGCUGAUCAAAGAUUAAUGCCUUAGCCGUGAGCGUGUUUGUUUUUCGGGUGUGUAACAGAGGCACAAUAAGGUCGUUACUUUCAUGUACUCACUGCUUGUUUUUGUUUUUUUGCUUUGUUGCAGUUACAGCAGCGGUGGCGAGGAUGGUUAUGUUCGUGUGCAUGUGUUUGAUCCUUCCUACUUUGAACUAGAAUUUGAAUAUUAG